AUGACAUCCUCCAGCUGCAUGUCCGGCAAGCUCGCUCUUCCUUAUCCUACUCACUGGGAACGAGAAGGAGCCUCCAAGGAGCUGUCAACAUCACUUGCCAUAAUUUCUCCUGAUCUUCUGUCGCCCCACCCCAAACAACACGACGUCCAUCUACGCUCUGCGCUCGCGGUUCUUUGCCAUCAUCCCAUAACCUCGCAGAGUCUCUUCGUUGUCUGGUACCUAUCCGAAUACAGGCAGAGGCUCCCCAUUGAUUUCGUCUUCACCAUGAAUGGUUCCCCCGAAAUUGACCCCGUCCAGGAAGCCAUCCACUUCUGGUGCAAUGACGAGAACGUAGAUUGGCUCGAAGAAAUACUGCACACUCAUCUCCAACCCCUCAUAGACAACAUCAACGCCGGAGGUCUCCAUAGCAGCUGGGAAUGGUUCACCGACGACGCGACUCUGACGACAAGCAUCAAUCUUCCACGCUGCGAAGGAACAACCUUUGAAGGAAGAGAAGCAAUCAACGACUACUUCGCCAGCCAAUACAAUGCUGAACCCCGUAUGAAGUUUGUUCCACUCCUUUGCACCUACGGUCAAGGCCACAUGGCAUGCCAUGCAUGGUAUAGACUCGACGAUGAACAUGGCCUUUCCAGCCCUCGCGAUCAUCAGCUCCUCAUCACGGCGGACUUCAACGAUUACCACAGACUAGUCAGCAUGGAAAUCAGCGAGUAUACGGUUGCAGGGCCGGCGUCUUAUAUUGAGACAGUAGACAAUUGCGUCGCUUGUAGGGCCAUGGCUUCCAUGAGGCGAGAGAGACAGAUGGAAGAGGACGCGGAUGAUAGCAUAGAUGAUGAAACCUACUCGGAUUGGCCUUAUCGCAAUGACGACCACGACCACUAA